GUCCCUUCGAGGGUCCCAACUACCACAUCGCCCCGCGCUGGGUGUACAACCUGACGUCGCUGUGGAUGAUCUUCGUGGUGAUCGCCUCGGUGUUCACCAACGGGCUGGUGCUGGUGGCCACCGCCAAGUUCAAGAAGCUGCGGCACCCCCUGAACUGGAUCCUGGUCAACCUGGCCGUGGCCGACCUGGGCGAGACGGUGAUCGCCAGCACCAUCAGCGUGGUCAACCAGAUCUUCGGCUACUUCAUCCUCGGCCACCCCAUGUGCGUCAUCGAGGGCUACACCGUCAGCGCCUGUGGUCAGUCGGGGGCUGCG